GAAUAACGGAACUGUCGAUGGACAAGCAGGAAUCCGACGACGACGACGACGACGACGAUGAAGAGGAACACUGGAAGGACGCAUCGCCUAUCACCCCCACGUGCAGUCCAACGAAACACCCUCCUAAACCACCGCCGGAGGCGAAGAGGUCAAAGGUCGAGAUCGACAUCCGCGACUUCCAGCCUACGAGCCCAUUAGAAGAAAAAGACGUGAUAAUCAUCGACAGUGACGUCACGCCUCCGAGUAAAAAACUUGCAAUGAAGUACAACCGAGAGAUCAGCGGCGUGGAGAAAGUGGCGCCAAAAGUGAAAUUAAAAGAAGAGACGGAAGAAGUAUUGAAAAAAGUAGUCGAGGCACCCGUCGAGAAACGAAGAGAGGACGCUGGGAAGAGGAUUUUGAGACGAAUGGACUCUGAAGAAAGGAUGAGCAAGGACGAAAUGGCUGAAAAAGGUGCUAGGAAGAAGAUCUUUAAAAAGAAGGACCAGGAUCGAAGGUCUUCGAGGAGAAAAGACGAAGAAGUAGAAACAGACGAUAGGAAAAGCAUUCGUGAAGAGGAAUUCCUGACUAAGCAGAGUCCCCUCGGUUAUUCUUCGCUCGCCCCAAGCAUCGAACCGGAAGCGAUUGCGCAGCCAUCUGAAACUGUCAAACAACAACGAAUCGCUCGUCCAUCCAGUCUCGUAGAGCCUCAAAAGGCGACUAGUCAAUCAGAAGAAUUUCUACGACCUAAGAAAAAGGACAGAAGUUCAGACGAGAUGAAGGAGCAGAAAAAAGUUGAAUCGUUAAGAACGCCUCUUUCCGAAUCGGAGAAACGAGUGCCAAUGACCGUAACGCCGGAUAAGCCGAGCAUCGCCGAGGUCAAAUCGGUCACCAGUCCGGAAGUUGAAGCACCGUCUACGAAACGUCGAAGUUCAAUGAGGAAGAAACCUGGGGUUUUCUCUAGAGAAUCGUCUAGGGAAUCUUUACUAGACGACACUAAAAAAGAAGUCAGGAUACAAGAAAAUGUUGAAGAGAUCUUCUUCGAAGACACCAGCGAACAGAUCACUGGAAUAAUUCCAGAAAUUCAAUUGGUCAAGGCCAGAAUCAUCACCGCGGAAGAGGCGGCGGCUCACAGAAUAGAAGAGCCGGUGAGGGUCGAAGUUCACUCGCCACCGGAAGUCAUUUCACUGUCCGACUCGAUUCGAGUAAAAAGCGGAAGGGUGCCUUCGCCCGAAACCGUCAGCAUGUCUCAUUUACAGUUGGUCAGUCUAGGAAAAUCUACGUCUGAAAACACUCUGAUCGAUACUGAAGAGAAGACGAAGGACGAGAGUAAAAUUUCACAGAGGAACAUCAAAGCUGAGAUUUUGUUGGACCUGUCGAAGGUCACGGACGACGACGACGAUGAAGAAGUUGCGGAUGAACAGAGGCAGGAGAAGAAAUUAACCAGAACGGGUAGCGAUGGGUCGAAGAGGUUCAAAGGUCACAAGUUGAAGGAGAGAGAUGGAUUCAUGAUCGGCAGCUUGGCGAAACCAGAUCAACCGGAACUCACGGUUCUAUUGGAGAGCGCGGCUGUUGAGAGGAGGAGGAAGGAAGUCGACGAGGACCGGGACAGUCUUCUCGAUUAUGGCAUUGAAAAAAUUAUCCGGAGGCCAAGGGAGCCGGACGCGGACAGUGCCAGGCUAGAAGCGGACCAGGAAGCUCCGCUUCCUCCGAGGAGGCCAGAGACUUUUUACUACGGCGAGGAAAGACUCGGCGAGGAGACCCAGCCUGAGCGGAAGUCCAAGGAUUAUGAAAGGACGCCCUGGCAGCGUCCGACGCUGCUGGACGAAUCGGUCCUCUUCAAACCCGAAGAGGACAGCAGCUUGAUCAGCAAGGAACACUCCCUCGAAUACCAAAGUCAAACGCUCGAGAGUCAGCUACUCUCAGCUUCCUUAGAAAGUCUUCUAAAAUCAGCGCCGGACAGUUGGAGCCAGCAGUACGACAGACCCGAACCGGAGCGUAGCUUCAAGGAGACCCAGUAUUCACCGAAGGAGAAACUCGACGCUGAGACACAGACCGAGCAGGAGACCAAGAGCACUCAGUGCAGCCCUGAACAGAGCGUCAGUCCGUCCGAGAUCUCCAAAGAGAGUCCCAUACAUCUAGCCAGGAAAUAUUACCAGAGUCCAAGGCGGGAGGUGCAGACUCAGACUCAGGGCGAGAGUAAAAGCGUCCAGUGUUGCUUAGACGAAUUAGGGAGUUUAUCGAGGACUCCAGAUUUUGAAGAGUCGUUCGACAGCCCUUCGAGAUCUGAAAAGGAGUCGAAGAGCGUUCAGUGUGUUCCGACUGAUAUUUCCUUCGUCGCGAAACCGGCGGACGGUUCAGAUAAGUGCGUACGGAGUCCUCGGAGGGAGGUCGAAGUUCAGACUUAUCAGGAGUCGAAGGCCGUCCAGUGCAGCGACGAUGAGCUGCUAGAGGAGGCUGGACAGCGUCCUGAGAGAUCGAAGGAGGCCGAGAAUCCCGCGUCACCUUGCAAGCUACCGACGUUGGUGUUCGUCGAGGAACGGGUCGACAUGACGGUCACGCAGCGAGAUCCCGAGGGUAACGUGAGCUGGUCGAAGCACUGGGGACCGGAGAGGCUCGUGGAGAUCUACAGGGAACCGAAGACCAGUCUUGGGCUGAGCAUCGUCGGCGGAAAGGUCGAUCUGCACAAUGGCAGCUCUAGUAAGUCACAGAACAUAUCCGGGAUAUUCAUAAAGAACGUGUUGCCGAACAGUCCAGCCGGGAGGACUGGAGAAUUGAAGGUACGCAAUAUGAAUUUCAUUGAAACAUCCAAGCAUCGUUCAAGGUCGCUCUGUCUGUAUAUUAACACUAGAAAGACUGAAACUUAG